AAUAUUUGUCACUUACACACACAAACAACAUAUCUAUAUAUACUACGUAUCUAUCAUGCCUAGUGUUUGUGACCUAAUUAGCGGCUUGACCGUAGGUACUCGACUGAUGGCUCCUCCCCCUUUCCCCUCAACAUUGUUCUUACUACAACUUGAACAAUGUUUUGGGGCUGUGUUGAUGGCCUGGUUUACACCUGUGUGUUACGCUAUCACUGACCAUUUUUUUUUUGUUGUGUGUUAGUCUGGUGGCUGCGUUUGGAUUGAGUCUUGAUAUUUAUGUUGUUACUUUGCACUGAAAAAGUGUGAAUGUUGGAGAGUGGAAGCGCGGGUAAGGGGGUGUAGGCAGAAUAAGAGAGUGGUUAAAUGUGUUAUUGUUAUUAUUUUGUGUAUUUGUGAAGUUUCAAAGGAGUGUCUUUGUAGCGCAUUAUGAGCUUUAUCAUACUUUAUGGCAAAAAUAUAGACCCGGCGCCACACGUCUAGAUCGAGAAGCACAACUGACUCUUGUAUUUGAGGCUGACGUCAAAUUCUAAUGGUCGAUCAAUUAUUGAUGAUCUCUGGAUACAGUGUCUUGACUGUUUCUCUCCCCCACCCCCCGACCUUUUCUUUUUUACCUGCCCAAGACAUUUUUAUUUCAAAAUACCAUAUCUGCAUUCUAUACCUCCCCCUUUGCCCUUUCGUUUUAUUAAUAUCUCUUCACAUCAAGCACAUGCGCUAGGUAUUGGUUUAUAACACAUAAUUCAGAAGUUAAUAGAAUGGGGCAAAUUCAGAAGUUAAUAGAAUGGGGCAUCUGAAAAAGAAACAAUAACUGAAUACAUUCCACUCUGUUCCUUCCGAUAGUAGCACGUAGAUGCUAUUAGCAUCAAGCUAUAAUAUAUGUGUCAUAAAAUCAAGCUUUUAAAAUGGGUACAAUUAGUGCAUAUCGAUGUAAAUCUAUUUACUUAAAAAAAUAUAGCACAUUUACGGUAAACCACAAAUAGCUAAUACAAAUUGUAACAUAUGAUUAAUUUAUAUCUGUACUUUGCAUUACAUUAUUUUAAAAAAUAACAAUUAAAAAAUAUAUAAUUUAAAUAUUUUGUCUUCUUUGGGUUAUAUCCCUUUGAUGUUUAUUUUUAACAUUAAAAUGGCGUUCGAUAUCUUACGAAGCUGAGAUUGCUUAUAUAAAAACUGCUAUUAUCGAACUCCCCCUUUUUAAACCUCAAUUUUCAUGUUUAGGUAACAAAGGACACUUUCAAAUAAAUAGUUGUAAAUAUUUCUCAGCCUAAUUAGAAGCGUAUUAUAUAGUUUUUUUGAGCUGAAGCAUCAUUAGCAUUAAAAAAUACCCUUAACCCGAGACUCACUCCACUCUUCCCAAGAGUUCAAAAAAAGUGAAAUUUUUAUACCAAUAUUACCAAUGCACUUUGAAUAUAAGUAAAAAAAUGAUCCUCGGGUGAAAAUGAAACUAAUUAUAACUUAACUAUCAAGAAAUGGACGAUGCACAAUAAGAAUGGACUAGUUUCUUUAUAAUCAUCGAAAUAAAGGAGAAUUUUUAAAAAUACAAUGGGGUGUUCGAUAAGUACCUUAAAACGAAGGUGUUCGAUAGAUGUAAGUUACUCUAGAUACUAAAAACUAGUAAGAGUGUAAGUGUUAGAGUAAAAGAUAGACUAUCAUAGACCUGUGCCUGUGGCGAGUGAUGUCAUACUGGCACUGCAUGAGAAAGUACAGACUGAAGCUGAUGUAUUAAACAUGAGCACAGAGGAGGAAGUGAAAAAUGUGUUUGUGGCUGUUCAUGUUGGAGCUGGGAAUCACUCCAAAUUGAAUGAAUCAAGUUAUAAAGAUAUUUGUAAAAAAGCAUGUAAGCAGGCUCUACUACUGUUAAAAGCGAGGUGCUCAGCCUUAGAGGCUGUAACAGCUGCUGUAGCAGCAUUGGAGGAUGAUGAGUUAACUAACUGUGGGAAAGGCUCUAACAUGACGGUCACUGGUACUGUGGAGUGUGAUGCUAGUGUAAUGGAUGGAGAAACCUUACACUUUGGAGCAGUAGGUGCUCUCUCAGGGGUUGCCAAUCCAGUGGUUAUCGCUAGUCGAUUGGUUGAAGAACAAAAACUUGGGCCCCUACCAUAUGGACGUGUCAGACCAAGUAUUCUAGUAGGUAAAGGUGCUCAACAGUUUUGUGUAGACAGAGGAAUAGGGAUCACUGAUAAUUUAGUUUCUGUUGCAGCUUUGAAAACAUUCAGACAUUAUUCAAGAAAGUGCCUGAAAUCUGAAACAACUAACUGUACACAUAAACUAAAGAAGCGUAAAUUAGAAAUAGAAGAAUCAACAUUAAGUCUGUCAUCUGUCAAUCAGAGUCCCAGUGCGGACAUCCCAAGAGCUGAUGCUAUACAUGAUACUGUGGGAGCCGUCUGUGUUGAUCAUUUUGGUAAUGUGGCAGCUGCAGCCUCCAGUGGAGGAAUAUGGUUAAAACAUGCAGGAAGACUUGGCGCUAGUGCUGUGUAUGGAGCUGGUUGCUGGGCACAGAAUCAAAUGUCAGAUAUCAAAACAGGUGUAGCAGCUGUCACAUCAGGAUGUGGUGAACAGCUGAUGAAGACAUUGUUAGCAAAAACCAGUUGUGACUCUGUUAGAUCCAGUGACAACUUGACUCACUCACUAGCUAACUCAUUUAAGGACAGUUUUUUAGAGUCUGAAUUUUUGAAACCAUGUAAUGAGAAGUUUGCUGGCAUAUUGUUGCUGAGAACUGUACAGAAUGAGAAUAGAGAAGGUAUGUUUAACAAACUGUACAGAAAGAGAAUAGAGAAGGUAUGUUUAACAGAACUGUACAGAAUGAGAAUAGAGAAGUGGAAGUUGCCUGGAUUCACUCCACUGCUAGUAUGUGCUUGGGCUACAUGUCUGGACACAGCAAGGCACCUACUGCUACAGUGUCAAGAUUGGAAAUUGAUUCUCUGCCUGGGCAAGCAUACAUAAUGAGCAGCCAUUUUGUAUUACUUUAACUAUAUUAAGCAUCAUUAGAGUAGAAUCAUUGUUUAAUUAAUUACCUUUUUUUUACACUAUGCAUGUGACAUUGUAUACUUGUUAUAAAACAAAACAACUGAAUGAAUGCA